AUGAAGGCUCAAUUCAGUCAGGGAACAUUGAAACGACUAAGCACGAUGAGAGAAUCAGAAGGUUCACAAUCUCGUUCGAAACGACCUUUUAUAGUGCUCGGUACACUUGUCGGAAUUUUGUUUGCCUCUACAGCUGUAUUAGCUGUUAUAUUGGGUUUGAAAAGUAAAGCUGCGCAAAAAAACGUGGACAAUGAAUUGUGUGUAACGCCUUAUUGUGUUAAAGCAGCUAACUAUUUGAUUGAAAGUCUUGAUGAAACAGUUGAACCCUGCGAAGAUUUUUAUCAUUUUGUUUGUGGAACUUGGAUUAAAAACUCUCGAAUACCCGACGACGCGGAUUCAAUAAAUACGUUCUCUACAUUACGAACUCAAUUAGAUUACAAUGUUGUCGAUAUAUUGACUCCACCACCUAGCAAUGAUACAGCUGAGCCAACAGCUCUUGAUAAUGCUCGCAUACUAUAUAAUUCGUGUGUCAACGAACAAAAUAUUGAAGACGAGGGCACUGACACAAUUCUCUCAAUAGUAAAUAAUGAAUUGGGUGGUUGGCCUAUACUAGAAGGCUCAUCAUGGGAUAAUUCAACGUUCAAUCUAUUCGAUCUUCUACUUAAAUUACGCAAAUACAACAAUGAUAUCAUAUUCGGUAUAGGCACAUCAGUAGAUGAAAAAAACUCGCAACAAUAUGAUCUUGUAAUUGGGCAAAGCGAUAUUGGCUUAGGUCAACGCCAAUAUUAUUCCAAUGAAUCAAAAAUUACUGUUGCCUAUCGAGAAUUUAUCCGCGACUUGGCGAAAGAAUUAUCCGAUAAUACAUCGAUGGUGGACACCGAUGUGAAUGAUAUAUUUGCAUUUGAAAAAGAAAUCGCCAAACACUAUUGGACAACUGAAGAACGACGAGGUCGACCAAAUGCAACAAUUCGUACCACUGUUGGCAGCCUUACAGAUCUAUUAAAAACUAGUUUUGAUUUUUCUACGUAUUUACGUUCAGCAUAUGCAUGGAGCGGUGUCACUCUAGACGAUAGUGAUGUUGUAACAGUACAUGAACUCGAAUAUUUGAAUAAUGUUUCAUCAAUUAUUGAUCAAACUUCAGCACGUUUACUUCAAAAUUAUAUCGUAUGGCGUUUUAUGAUGCAUCGUGUUGAUAAUAUGCCGAAACGAUUUCGUAGUAUAAAAGAAAAUUUUCAACAUAUAUUUCGAGGAACAACAUCUGAUGUAUCACGUAAAAUAAUAUGUGGUAAUUUUGUUAAUGGUAAUAUGGGUUUUGCUGUUUCGGCUCUGUAUAUUAAAAAAUAUUUUGAUGAUAAUGCUCGAAUUCAAUCAUCGGAAAUGAUUGGCAAUAUUCGAAAAUCAUUUAGUGAUAUGAUUGAAAAAUCUUCUUGGAUGGAUGAAGCGUCACGAAAAAAAGCAAUAGAAAAAGCUGAAGCUAUCGAUGAAAAAAUUGGAUAUCCUGAUUAUUUAGCUGGUGAUAAUAUGACACAAUUGGAAACACAAUAUGCCGACUACAAAUUCACUUCCUCGUACAUAAAUAAUGUUUUAAAAUUGAUUCAAAUAAAAGCAAAAGAAGAAUUUCAAAUUCUACGAAAAACUGUUGAUCGUAAAGCAUGGGGUUUUACGGCACCUACUGUUGUCAAUGCUUUUUAUGCACCGUCGAAAAAUCAAAUUACUUUUCCUGCUGGUAUUCUUCAAAUGCCAUUUUUUGAUAGAGAUGCACCAAAAUAUUUAAAUUAUGGCGGUAUUGGAGUAGUUGUAGGACAUGAGAUUACUCAUGGUUUUGAUAAUAGUGGUCGUCAAUUUGAUAAAGAUGGAAAUCGAAUUCCAUGGUGGACUAAAGAAACCGUCCAAGAAUUUAAUGAACGUAAAACUUGUAUUGUCGAUCAAUAUAGUAAUUUUACUGUACCCAAUAUUAAUAUGAAGGCAAAUGGAAAUCAAACACAAGGUGAAGAUAUUGCUGAUAAUGGAGGAUUACGAGAAUCAUUUUUUGCUUAUCAAAAAUGGGCACAAGCUAAUCCAAAUGCCGAUAAAAAGCUUCCUGGCCUGUCAAAAUAUACACCUGAACAAAUGUUUUUUAUUAAUUAUGCUCAUACAUGGUGUUCAAAAAUGACUGAUUCGUAUGCAAUGAAUCGUGUUUUAUCUGAUGUACAUUCGUUAGGACAAUUUAGAGUCAUUGGUCCUACAUCGAAUUUUGUUGAAUUCGAUCGAGUAUUCAAAUGUCAACCUGGUCAAGGAAAUAGUCGAGUAAAAAAAUGUAUUGUCUGGUAG